UUUUGUUUUCAUCGACAUCGAAUGUCGUGAUAUUCAAGAAAUUUCAAUACAUAUUUGUUGAACGCAGAGUGUUUAUCCGAUACACUGUGAAGCAUUUUGUCUAUAGCUAGAAAAUGGAUGAUAACCUCUGCCGGGAACUGCUGGACAACUUACACAUUGAACAAACGAGGAAAACCAACCUAACGGAAAUCAAAAACAAGCUUAUUUCUGUCAACAGCUCGUCUAUUUCUAACAGCUUUCUGAAAUCUCCAGAGCUUCUAAAUUGUCUAGAGGAUAGUAACAGCGAACAAGCAUUGCUAGUAUGUGAUAUACUCUCGCUUUGCAUGGGCAAUUUGUCGCUGGACGAAUCUAGCGAGGUUAAAAGCGUUAUCGAGAAAUCGUUGAGUCAUUCCAACCCGAGCGUUCAAGCCUUUGGCUUGCGUGAACUACGCCGCAUACUAGUUUCUCCCCCGGAUUUGUUCCUUACGGAAACGCUGAUUCUGCUGACUAUCAAAUGCUUGGCCUCGGAGGAAACAAGCGUGGGAACCGCCUCGAUCGAUAUACUGGUCCGGAUGCUGCCGAAGUUUGUUCAUCUGAGAAGCGUCCAAGAGAAUCUUGAUGUUUUGCUGGGUAAAAAUGACAUAAUCCGGUGCCGCUUGUACGAAGUAGCCGUGAAGUUGGGCCAACAAUCAGAAGUUUUGCUGGAUUCGGUGGAAAAAUAUUUGCAGAGAGCGCUGCACGAUUUGGACGAGGAUGACAUUUUGCUACAGUUAAACGUUCUCCAGGUUUUGUCGGAACUAUCUACGAAAUCCCAUGGCAUGGCUUAUCUGGAAAAUAAUGGCGUACUCGAUAAGGUUAUGAAGAAAACUGAGAGUCUGGAGCAGAAUCCGUUGGCCUCUCUUUUGAUUCCGGGUUUUAUGAGAUUCUAUGGCAGUAUUGCGGCAAGUCAGCCUGUAAAGAUUUACGAUUGCUACCCGAAGGUUAUUGGUAUGCUGUUUGAUUGCUUACUUUCGGAGGAUUUGACGAUUUUACCCACUGCGUAUGAUACUUUAGGCUGUAUUGCUUUUUCGAGCGAAGGAAAGCGGCAGAUUCAUUAUAAAUAUGGUGCACUGUUGAAAAAGACGCUGAAGCAUUUCAACGCGGUCAUUAAAAAUCUUCCGAAUGACUUAAAAUUGAGGCUUUUGAGCUGCUUGCAAGUUUUAUUCUCUGUUGAAUCGUCUACAGCAGAUAAUCAGAUAUCAACCAUUACCCAAACCUGGUACUGUGAUUUUGCAGAGGAAGAAAAUCUCAAUCUGGUAAUGGACUUUAUCCGCAACCCUUUUCCGGAUAUGAAGCGAGCCGCGUUGGCGCUCCUAAAGGCAAUCAUAACUCACCGAUGGGGACAGGUUUACCUGUUGAAUACGGGAGGCUUCAUAGAGUACCUGCUGGCCCGACAGCAGGAAGCUGAUAAAGAUGUAAUUCUGGACAAGUACGAGAUCAUUCGGCAGCUGGCAUCUUCUACGGUUUUCAGUGGGCAGAUCAUGUCCGACUUGAAGAAAUACGUUUCCGAGGGAGCCUUCUAUUUGCAGGGCAUUACUGAGGUCGUUUUCGAAGGCGCUUCCUAAGGCUUCGUCAUUUGAUUAUGAUUGUGUUAUUUUAUUGUACCGGGUGAAUAAAGUAUUGAAACCUUA